AUGAAGACACAUCAGUUUUUCCUUCUGCCAUUAUUGUUUCUCACAAGUUUCGCAGCAGCAGACAGCAUAAGCUCCAAUGAAACAAAGCCAAAGAAACCCAAACUCCCUGAAGUAAAAAAGGAGAACAAGCUGAAAAAGAGCAACUUUGGCAGAGCAUUGAAGGAAACUAAGUACUUGCUGGUGGAGUUCUGUGAGUAUCGACUUCCACUGUCUUCUACCCUGAUGGCUCUGCAGAGCAUGACUGAUGCUGUACUCAGGUUCAUGUUCAUUCCUCACGGGGAGGAAACAAGAGUCAGACAGACCUCAGCCUUUAUUACAUGGGUGAAAAGAACAGGACCUAGCACUGUUUUCAUCAACUCUACUGAUCAGGCUGAAGCCACUGUACAUGCCGAUGAUUUGUCAGUGAUUGGCUUUUUUAAGGAACCUCACAAUGACAGUGUGGAAGUUUUCUGUGGGAUGGCAAGAGAUGUCCCAGAGAUGGCUUUUGGGCUGACAGCCAGUGACAAUGUCUGUGCUAACUACGGCAUCCAGAAGAACACUCUUGGUGUUUUAAAGAGGGGAAAACCUGUGCACAAUGAAGUGCUUGAAAAUGGCAGACAGAGGAAACUGGAUCUAAUGAGGCUACUCAAAGCCUUUACCUUGGAUUUGAUCACUGAAUAUAAUCUUGAGACACCUGUGAAGAUUUUUGAUGUCCCUGUUGAACAACACAUCCUGCUGUUCACCCCAAGAAGACUGGAGACAUUCAAUGUGAUUUACGGAAACUAUAAGUCUGCUGCUGCAGAAUUUAGAGGAAAGAUGUUUGUCUUGGUGGAUACUAGUGAAACAAGGUACGGACAGUUUGAGUAUUUUCCAGUCAGGGAGGUCCAUGUUCCUGCCAUGAGAAUCUUAAAUCUGACAAGUGACACAAAGUACAAAAUGCCUGCAGAUGAGGUGACGGUGGAGAACCUAAAAGAAUUUUGCCAGAGCUACCUCAAUGGAAAAGCAAAAGGUAGAACUCUACAUCUCUCCAGUGAAGAAAUUCCAGAGGACUGGGACAAAAUGCCUGUCAAAGUGCUUGUUGGGAAGAAUUUCAACAAGAUUGUCUUCAAUAAGACCAUGACUGUUUGUUACCUUUUGGAAGUGGCUUUCCUGCUUGACCCUUUACAGCAACAAGCCACUGUCCCAUCCCUGUACCAGCCAGGAACUGAAGGAAUUGAGCAGGAAUUGAACCAAAGUCCUCUGGAAAUGAAGGGCUGUGCCUUUUCACUUCAAACCAUGACAAGAGAUGCACAGUCACAGAACUACGCGGUGGCAGUUGUUUCUGGAGCAGGUAUGACUAUAGUCUCUAAAGUGCUGGAGGUGGCCUAUGCCAGUGAACAUAUCUUGGAGGCAUUUUAUUACUUCUUAGAAAAACAAAGCAAGACAAAAGCAGAACCAGGAGAGAAG